UCAACACUGACAAAAUUUGGUGUCAAUCAACCGGAUUGACAUUUAUGCCUUGUUCUAUGAUGCAUUUGACAUUGUACUUCGUUAAUAAACAAAAGUUAUUUCCAGAAAUUUCCCCAAUAUUCGGGUUUUCGCGAUAAAAGUGUGAGCCAUCAAGAUUCAGCCGCCCUUUGAGUACUUCAGACUUUAUUAAGAUUAUCCGAAAAUGGUUGAUUACAGUAAAUGGAAAAAUAUCGAAGUCUCGGAUGAUGAAGAUGAAACUCAUCCCAACAUCGACACUCCAUCGCUGUUCCGUUGGAGGCAUCAGGCCAGAGUUGAGCGGAUGGAGGAGCUGAAGAAGGAACGGGAAAUUUUGACCAAAAAGAAAACCGAAACCGAUAUGAAAAUUAAGGAAGUGAGUCAGAAAAUCAAAGCAGCCAAGGAAUCCAACGGCUCAGUCGCCGAUCUAGAGAAGCAGUUUAAAGAGUUGGAGGUUCAAACAGUGAAGAUUAAAAAUGAACUGGAAGAAUUCGAGAAGAAGGAAAAGUUAACACCAUGGAAUGUAGAUACUAUCAGCAAGCCAGGGUUUGCUAAAACCGUAAUAAACAAAAAAACGAAAAUUCUAUCCCAAGAAAACCUGUCAGAAGAAGAAAAGGAAAAGAAAAUGAAGCUGUUUAUCAAGGAGAAUGAAAAAGACCUGAAACAUUAUGGCAUGCUGAGAAAGUAUGAAGAUUCGAGACAAUUUCUGAAAGAACACAACCAUCUAGUUUGUGAAAACACUGCCAACUAUCUAGUGAUUUGGUGCAUAAAUCUGGAAAUGGAAGAGAAACAUGAGCUGAUGUCCCAUGUUGCCCAUCAAACGAUUUGUAUGCAAUACAUUUUGGAAUUGGCCAAACAGCUUGACUAUGAUCCAAGAGCGUGCGUGGACGCGUUUUACUCGAAAAUCCAAGUGGCUGAAGUGGACUACAAAAAAUCCUUUGAAGAUGAACUGUUCCAAUUCCGAGAAAGAAUUCGAAAACGUGCAGCGGAGAGAGUCGAGGAAGCCAUCAAGGAAUAUGAAGAGGAGGAAAAGCAAAAGCGACUGGGGCCGGGUGGGUUGGAUCCCCAAGACGUAUAUAACGAAUUGCCAGAAGAACUGAGAAAGUGUUUCGAUUCCCGUGAUGUUAAACUGCUGCAGGAGACUAUCAGCAAAAUGGACGAGGAAGACGCCAAAUAUCACAUGAAACGAUGCGUGGAUUCCGGCUUGUGGGUCCCAGAAGCGAGCAAGAAAGAUGCUGAUCAGGGGGACGAUGCAGAAAUCGCUGAAGAAGUAAGCGCGGAUUAAAUGCUACUUUAGCUUCUCUUUUUAUGUUCGUCUUUAUUGUCACUCAACCGUAGAUUACCGAUACCGAUAAAUUAAAAUGUGUAUUCAAAAGAGUUAAUAAAUUUCAAACUUCUCCUCAUCAGUUUUUUGAGAAUAAAAAAAACAAGGGGAAUUUUUCAAUUUAAAAACCUUCACUACGAACAUAUAUUAUAUUUACAAUUGAUAUCUACAAUUACCAUUAUUAUUUUCCAUCGAGGACUAAUGACCAUUUAAAUGAUGCCGGUAUGAAUGUACAUAUAAAUACUAACUACGAUCUUAAAAUAAAUACAAAGCUAUACAAAUUUAUAAAAAUAUUAAGACAAUGGCAUAAACUUAUUGAAUUUGUA